CUCCACGCUCUCUAAACACAACUUCAUCGCUUGAAAGUCAGGCAGAAGUGUGAGAUCAGUCAUUACAUUUGGACGAGAAUGUAAUUCCUUUCAGAAAUCCUGCAUCCGCGCCUAAAUAUAUAUUCUAAAAUUGUCCGCGACAGCAUGUCCCCGCCCCUAUAGAUCUGCUCCUUCGGGAGCUCGCCUUAUUUUCCGUGGACAAACUCAAAGUUUCCCCUUUCAUAACUUUGUGAAAGCCGCCUGACGCGAACGCUUGCAUACAGAAACGUAGGGAUUGUCCGCAUUUUAUACUCGCCCACAUGAUUAGACUUGCGUCCCUUUACUUGUUCGUCGCAGUGAAUGAUGUCAUACUUACAAAGUUAGGAAGAAAACGGUUUAGAAUGUGAAGCGUUCAGCUGUUUGUGGGAUAACUUGCUAUGAGGCAUAUUGUGAUAUCUGUGGCAGUCAUUGAAAUCUGAAUAUGCAGACAAGGAACAUGAAGUUUAUUGUUGAAUCCGUCAUCGUGUUUGCCUUUAUGCUUACUGUCAAGCAUGCUACAGUUCCUGCUGCAGCAAAUGAUGCGGGUGGAACUUGUGCAUACACUGUGUUCCCUGAUUUAGCCGUGCCAUCCUAUGUACGCCAUUUAUCAAUGGAUGAAGGUCAAGAUUUUGAAUCAUGCAAGGCUUAUUGCGACAGAACUCCCAAGUGCAACUCGUUUGACUUCAGUCACACUCGUUAUGCAUUUUGCUACACGUAUAGCCCUGACGUUAGAGACGAUUUGAGAAAGUAUAGCAAUUACAGCUACUAUGAGAAACAUUGUGGUCAACAAGUUAUAACAUCCAUUGACUGUGUGGAGCCCGGAAUUGAGGGGCAGAAGACCAAAUUAAAGUGUAGGAUAAAUGGAACUGUACGGUCAGGAAUAAUAUGGGUUGGACCACUUGAUAAAGAGACAGUCAGAUGUAACGAUCUACAGACGGAGUGUUUAACGUCUAGUGAAGUCUCUGGCCGCUACACCGGUGAGAUCGAUUCGCCCCAAGAAAACACGUUGAUAAUAGAGUCGUUCGAUCCAAACACUGAUGCUGGUACAUGGUCGUGCUAUGAUGGAUGGGGUGCCCCGCGAUCCUAUUGUCAAAAGUUAAGCGCAACGGAUGAAACUUGUGCAUACACUGAGUUCCCUGGUCGUGUCGCCAUGGGCUAUGAACACGUUUUAUCAAGGCGUGAAGGUCAGGAGUUUGAAUCAUGCAAGGCUUAUUGUGAGAGCGAUCUCAAGUGCACCUCGUUUGCCUUUAGUCACUCCAUUUCUGGAUUUUGCUACACGUAUAGUGGUGACGUUGCAGACGAAAGGGCAAUGUAUAGGAAUUACAGCCACUAUGAGAAACAUUGUGCUCCUGCUGCAGCAACGGGUGUUCCUGCUGAGGAUCACGAUGUUCCUGCUGCAGAAGGGGGUGAGGCUGAAACUUGUGCAUACACUGAGUUCCCUAAUUUAGCCGUCAUAGCCACUGUCAGCUAUUUAUCAUUGCAUACAGAUCAAUAUUUUGAAUCAUGCAAGGCUGAUUGCGACAGCGAUCCCAGGUGCACCUCGUUUGACUAUAAACAAUCGUUUUGCUUCACCUAUAGCGGCGACGUUAGAGACCAACUGAUAAAAUAUAACGAUUACAACCACUAUGAGAAGCAUUGUGCUGAUAAAACUUGUGCAUACACUAAGUUCCCUGGUUUUGUCGCCAUGGGCUAUGACCGCGUUUUAUCAAGGCGUGAAGGUGAAGAUUUUGAAUCAUGCAAGGCUUAUUGCAAGAACAAUCCCAUGUGCACGUCCUUUGACUUUAGUCACUCUCGUUAUGGAUCUUGCUCAACGUAUAGCUAUGCAGACAAACUGAGGAAGGAUCCCAAUUACAGCCACUAUGAGAAAUAUUGUCCUCCUGCUGCAGCAAAGGGUGGUGCCUGAGUCCAUCUAGCAUCAACUUCUAUGGUUAUCUUCUGGAUCGUUGCCAUACUGGCUGCAAACCAACAGACCACUAUAUCCAUGUUUUUUCAAGUAACUCAUCUCUGAAGAUAGUGUUCACUGGAUCAUAUCAUAAAAACUGCAGACCACUACUUAAUGUAUUUCAACUAACUCAUCUCUGAAGACAAUGUUCACUGGAUCAUAUCAUAAAAACUGCAGAUCACUACUUAGUGUAUUUUAACUAACUCAUCUCUGAAGACAAUGUUCACUGGAUCAUAUCAUAAAAACUGCAGAUCACUACUUAGUGUAUUUUAACUAACUCAUCUCUGAAGACAAUGUUCACUGGAUCAUAUCAUAAAAACUGCAGAUCACUACUUAAUGUAUUUUAACUAACUUAGCUCCGAAGACAGUGUUCACUGGAUCAUAUUAUAAAAAUAAACUGCAGAUCUCUACUUAAUGUAUUUCAACUAACUCAUCUCUGAAGACAAUGUUCACUGGAUCAUAUUAUAAAAAACUGCAGAUCACUACUUAAUGUAUUUCAACUAACUCAGCUCUGAAGAUAGUGUUCACUGGAUUGUAUUAUAUAAACUGCAGAUUACAACUUUGAGGAAUUUUAUCUAACUCAGCUCUGAAGACAUUGUUGAUUGGACCAUGUUAUUGGUCAAAACAUGUUUAUAGUUUAAACAUGACACUUUUUUCUACCAAGUUUCCGUGCUCGUUUAUGUGCGUGUAUGUGUUUGUUGAAAGAUGAGUGCAUGCAUGUUUGAGUGAUUGAAAGAAAGAGAGAAAUGUACGUAGACUUUUCCGACUAAUUCAGGUUUAUGGGCAUUUCUUUGCGUCGUAGAGAAACAGAAUUGAGGGAGGAAGAUCGAGUGAGACACUAAGGGAAGGAGAGACACAGAGAGAGAGACAGACAGACAAGAGACAGAGAGAGAGAUAAUUAGUGUUAUGGAGAUAGAAAGCGAUACAAAGGGAGAAACAGAAAAUAAAUACUAACAUGGAGGAAGAGAGAGGGGUGAGAUAAAUAGAGAGAGAGAGAAAGAGAGAGAGAGGGAGGGGUGGGGGGAGAUAUAUAGAUAUAGAGGGAAAGAUAAAAUAAUUUU